GAGAGAGAGAGAAAGAGAGAGAGAGAGAGAGAAUAAAAAGACAGUGUAGUUGCUGAUCAUUUCCCCAACACAUAUUACUUCUGUUUGUCCGCAAGCAGAAAGAAUCUGGGUUUUCUUCUUUUUCCUGGCUUUCUGCUCCUUCCACUCCCACCCCCACCCAGGCCCCGGGGAGGGGGGGAUGAUGGUGAAGUGAGGGCUCCCAGUACAGCUUCAGCUCUACGUCUCCUCCCACCGCCCCCUCUCUCUGUCUCCCCCUUUCAUCCCUCUCCCCCCACCCCCAGCAAGAGAUCAGACCUAGUGUAAUGUCCUUGCUACUCCAUUCUACUAUGCAACAGCAGAGAGGAGCGCUUUGCAACACGGAUUUCAAAAGAAUAGUGCUUUCUUGAGGUUCUUAUUCCCUAAAGAUAUAACUAAAGCUCCUACUUGGUAACUCUUUACAUCCUCUCCACUCUUCUCUCCUCCUCGUUCAUUCCCUCCUCACCCCUCCCCGUUUCUCCUACUCCUAUGCCCCUCCACCACCCUACAAAUCCUCCUCCCACCCCUAUUCACCCUCCCACCUAUUCCUCUUUCUGAAGAUAGCAAAGGUGGCGGGGAUCUUGGUGAGCAGAUGAAGGACCCCUUCAUCCCAUCUUCAAUGCCUCUACCGAAGAUCCCAAAGGUCUGGAGCAAAACGGGCUGCUGCUGGGCGUCCUCUUGGAAAAGCUGCUGUCUGCUGUUGGUUUUGUAUGAAACUGGGGACUGAAGGACCGCUGCCGAACCGUGGGUGAGAGGGACAAAACGUCCGCUCCGUCGCUGCCCGUCUAUCUUGAUCAGCUUACCCAAUCCACACUCCCUUUCCCUCUCCUUCGCGCUUCUUUGCCCCCCUUUCUUUAGUCCAACAGCCGGGCUCUGAUCUUAAGCCGGCAGCAAGCCGCAAGAAAGCCCCCCGUUGUCAUUCUAAGAGCUGCAGCCGCUAUGAUGCAAAAGAAGAUUGUGAUGAUGGUGGUGAUGAUGAUGGUGGUGAUCAUCGCUGGGGUGUGAUGUGAUUGUCAUGGUGGGGAUGGUGAUUUCGAGGCGGUGAGAGCUAGAGCGAGGGAGCGCGAGCAGAAGGAAGGGUUGAUUCGCUUGUGGCUGCUGUGUGGGCUCGGAUUCUCCCCCACCCCCCCACCCCGCCCCCCUCCUGACUCCAUCCUCACCCCCACCACUGGAAGUCCUCCCGUAUCUAAAUGGAAGUAGUGGAGAUCGGAGUCCCUGGCGUAAGGAACAGACAUGAUCUAUGGACGCAGUUUGUUUCACAUUGUAGCAAGUCUAAUCAUCCUACAUUCCUCUGGGGCUACCAAAAAAGGAAUAGAAAAGCAAAUCACUUCAGAAGCUCAGAAAUCAGUACAGUGUGGAAACUGGACAAAACAUGCCAAUGGAGGUAUCUUCACUUCUCCCAAUUAUCCCAGCAAGUACCCUCCGGACAGAGAGUGCAUCUACAUUAUAGAAGCUGCCCCAAGGCAAUGUAUUGAACUUUACUUUGAUGAAAAGUACUCUAUUGAACCCUCUUGGGAGUGUAAAUUUGAUCAUAUUGAAGUGCGAGAUGGACCUUUUGGAUUUUCUCCAAUCAUUGGACGUUUCUGUGGACAGCAAAAUCCACCUGUAAUAAAAUCCAGUGGCAGAUUCUUGUGGAUUAAAUUUUUUGCUGAUGGAGAGCUGGAAUCUAUGGGAUUUUCAGCUAGAUAUAAUUUCACAACUGAUCCUGACUUUAAGGACCUUGGAGUUUUGAAACCAUUACCAGUGUGUGAGUUUGAAAUGGGCGGACCUGAAGGAAUUGUGGAAUCUAUACAAAUUAUGAAGGAAGGAAAAGCUUCUGCCACUGAGGCAGUUGACUGUAAAUGGUACAUCCGAGCCCCACCACGAUCCAAGAUUUAUUUGAGAUUCUUGGACUAUGAGAUGCAAAAUUCAAAUGAAUGCAAAAGGAAUUUUGUGGCCGUCUAUGAUGGGAGCAGCUCAGUAGAGGAUUUGAAAGCUAAAUUUUGUAGUACUGUGGCCAAUGAUGUGAUGCUGCGCACCGGUCUUGGGGUAAUCCGCAUGUGGGCAGAUGAGGGAAGUCGAAGCAGCAGAUUCCAGAUGCUCUUCACGUCUUUUCAAGAACCUCCAUGUGAAGGCAAUACAUUUUUCUGUCAUAGUAAUAUGUGUAUAAAUAACACAUUGGUCUGCAAUGGGCUCCAGAAUUGUGUGUAUCCUUGGGAUGAAAAUCACUGUAAAGAAAAAAGAAAGACUAACCUACUGGACCAGCUUACCAAUACCAGUGGGACUGUCAUUGGGGUGACGUCCUGUAUUGUGAUCAUCCUCAUUAUUAUUUCUGUCAUUGUACAGAUUAAACAGCCUCGUAAAAAAUUUGUCCAAAGGAAAGCAGACUUUGACCAGACAGUAUUCCAGGAGGUAUUUGAGCCUCCUCAUUAUGAGUUAUGCACUCUUAGAGGGACAGGGGCUACAGCUGACUUUGCAGAUGUGGCUGAUGACUUUGAAAAUUAUCAUAAACUGAGGAGGUCAUCUUCUAAAUGCAUUCAUGACCAUCACUGUGGAUCACAACUGUCUAGCACUAAAGGCAGCCGUAGUAACCUCAGCACAAGAGAUGCUCCUCUCUUGGCAGAAAUGCCACCACAACCUGUCAAGCCCCUCAUCCCACCCAUGAACAGAAGAAAUAUUCUUGUCAUGAAGCAUAACUACUCACAGGAUGCUGCAGAGGCGUGUGACAUAGAUGAAAUUGAAGAGGUGCCCACUACGAGUCACAGGCUGUCCAGACAUGAUAAAUCUGUCCAGCGGUUCUGCCUCAUUGGGUCUCUAAGCAAACAUGAAUCUGAAUACAACACAACUAGGGUCUAAAAAGAAAACUCAAGAGAAGAACUAUUUAUACAAACAUGGGGACUGUGAAAAGAAAAUUCUGUAGUGAAUUGUGAAAAGUGGACAUGUUUCUAAAUUCAUUCCACUGCCUUUAUUCAAACCUAAGAAUUACAGACAUUUGUUAUUCCUUCGGCAAGACAUCCCGCCUGCACAAUGAUAUGUUUAUUUUGUAAUUUGGUUGCUGGCCACCAAGUGCUCCUUAGUUUUUAAAUACAUUUUGAGAUUUACUGGAAACUUGAAGAAGAAAUUAGUUCCUGAUUAAGACUUUCCCUGCUUUAUUUUUGUCAUUUUUAUUUCUGUUUCUUUGUUUUCUGUCUUUGUUACAUAAUUGUAUAUGAUGUGAUAUGUAGAAAACAAAAUUAUUUAAAUGAACCUUGUGUUGUAUGUACAUUGUUUUCAUUAUAUAGACUGCUUGAAAAUAGUACAUCCCUGGGUGAUUUUGAACAUGCUACAGUGAAAUGUGAAAAUAUCGACCAUGGAAAUACCAGCUAGAGAUUUUAUGGACUUUAACCAGCUAUUCUUAUAUUAUGAUCAAAUGCAGCAAAAAGUAUUGAGUAAAAUUAUUAGAUUGCAAUAAGAAAAAACAAAAACAAAAACAAACUCUGGUUUAUUUUGUCAUUCCCUACCUCGACUUCCCAUCCCGAUAUAUCUUUUUUAAUUCAGAAGUAGAUUCCCAUUUUCAGGAACAAUUUAUUGAAAUCAGGUAUUUAGUCAUUUGUACACAAGUUAAUAAAAAUAUUUGUUGGAUUAGCACCUGACAAAAUGGCUCAACUGACAGUUUGAGAAAAUACUCUGCAUGUCUAUUCUGGAUAUUUGAUUUGGUAAAUGAUCCCUUUUAUCCAAUACAUUGUAAAAAAAAAGCAUGCAUUCUCAAUUGCUGCUCUUAUUGUUCCAUUUCCUUGUGUCAUGUGCUUGCUACUUGUAUUAUUUUUUAUAAAAAGAUACAUAAAAAUGUGUAAUAAUUUCCUACCUUGAGUUUAGAAAAAUGUUUUCUUUUACUAAAGUAAUGAACUCUUAGGCAUAUUAAUGCACAGUUUUCAUGGAAUCUUUCUACUUUUCUAUUCUAUAAAGCUUCCUUAUUUGAGGCUAAAUAAAUGCCCCAAAUAUUUUUAUUUCUGAAGUUUUCACGGAUAUUUAUGUGUUUUGCCUCCUCUCGCCCAACCUAAUUUUAAAAUUGAAAAAAAUGUUUUUACAAAAAUAGAAUUAAUCAUGAUCCUAGAUAUAACAGUGUAUAUUGACAACCUUAUAGUUCAUUUAUAUCACCCCUCUAACUGAAGCAUAUUUUAUAUCUAGAAUAUGCUAGAAAAACUGGACUUUCAGUCUCUCCUUCAACAUCACUAAGUUCUUCAUCCUUUUAUUCAUCACAGUAAAAUUUCCCAAGAAAUAAGUGUUACUAUGGAAUUAGUUCUCCUAUUUCCUAUGCCUUGUCCCCCAAAGUCCUUAAAGAAAGAAUCUUAAUUCUGGAUACCUAUGUACUUAAGGUCAAAAUGAAACCCAAUUAGGCUCUUAACAAAUAGUUCUUUAACUACAAACAAAGAUUAUUAAGGUAUUUAAUUUGAAUAAUAGGCAUCUGGGAAAUAUUUUAAAUAACUAUUUUGGGGAAUAUGAGAGAGAAAAUGAAGUAACUUAGCUAUUUUCACUGAAAUGUUCAGAAGUACCAAAUCCUGCAUGCAGAGAUAAUAUUUCCUUUUCAUUUAAACCCUACAAAUUGAAGUGAGAUACUACAAAGCAAACAGAUGAUUAAUGGGCCUUUCUCUGGGUUUUUGCUUUAAUUUCAUGCAUAUUACCAAAAAUGAAGUAAAAUAUUUGGAAGAGUAAAAUAAUUCUUCUUAGAAUAGCUGGAAUAAAUUCAUCCUUAAUGAUAUUCUUUGGGAAAAGAUGCCAUUUCUCAAAAACAAUUUAAAAAAAGAAUAAGACAUACUAGAAGAGAGUUUCUGCAUUUGUCAUUCCAGAAUGACCAAAAACAUGUAAUGCCACAAGUUUUAUAGUUGGUACUUGUGGUAAAAUUUAUUUUUCUUAUUUGACUUGACUGGUUUCUUUAUGCCAGUCUUAGCUUGAAGCCCUUCAUUUAUAAAUGAACAUAGCUUUUAAUUAGUUUACAGGAAUGUUAAGCUUCCUUUCAUUUUUACUUUCUUCACUUAAAAAUUUAUAGUGUAUCUAUCCUUAAAAUAAAUUAAUUUGUCAUUAUAAAGCAAAGUGAAUGCUUUGGAUUAAUGGUGAGAAAUUUCAUGAAGAAUAAAAUCCAAAUUGACAUUGCUGAUAUUGAAGAAGGAAAGAAAGAAUUCUUAUUUUGAUUUGACUAAAAUUUUCAAAUUAAUUGAAAAAAUACAUUUGAGUUGAAAAACAGUGAAUUUUCCUACUCAAACUGAAUAAAAUUUUCAGUUUACUCAAAGAAAAGUUUUAAAAUAAAUUUCACUGUUUUUUAUCUCACUACAUGUUAAUUAAUUAAAGGGUUUUUUCUCAAUAAAAUAUCUUUGAAUAUAU